GGCUCCGCAUAUGACUGACUCCAGCAGCACAACAACAGCUUUGGCACUGUUUUCCCCUCGUGUGCCCUUCUGGUGUGCAGCUCAUCUCACAUCGGAGCGAGCAGCGAACAUGCGGCUUCCCGUGAAUUCCCUCGUCCCGUCUCAUGACAGGCUGCCUCUCCUCGCUCACUCCGUGUGGGAGGGCGCUCCGAGAGGAUGAGCCUGCUAGCAGCGCUGGAACGGGCUAGCCGCGCGGAGCUAGCGUGCUACCAAACAGUGCAGCAGUUUGUUUUCGGGACAGCACGAUGAAGAACAACAUGAAGUAUCACGGACUCACCCCGCAGCAGCGCCUUGACAACAUCGCCGGGAGCUAGGGGCAUCCUUUCUCCACAAAAGCGAGGCAGUCCCCGACCCCCUCGGCGCCCCUUGUUUUGGAUGGACUAACGCUACAGCUAGCACCGCAGCUUGAGACUUCCCGAGCGGGCACGGAUGGGAUUUCCUCAGCUAGCCGCGGCUAAUGGUUGUGCUGGCUGACUAGCUUCGCGGCUAACCGGUUGGCUAACUGACCCAGUUGGUUCACAUCAUCUGGUAAUUACCAGGCUCUGAAUAGAGCGGAUUUGCUAGCACAACCAUGCCUCCCAGACCCUCCUCAGGAGAACUAUGGGGGAUGCACUUGAUGCCCCCCAGCAUCCUAGUGGACUGCCUUCUGCCAAAUGGCAUGAUUCUCACAUUGGAGUGCCUCCGAGAGGCCACACUUAUCACAGUCAAGCACGAGCUGUUCAAAGAAGCCAGGAAGUACCCUCUCUACCAUCUGCUGCAAGAGGAGAGCUCCUACAUCUUUGUCAGUGUCACCCAAGAGGCAGAGCGGGAGGAGUUUUACGAUGAGACCAGGAGGUUGUGCGAUCUCAGGCUUUUCCAGGCCUUCCUCAAAGUUAUUGAGCCAGUGGGCAACAGGGAAGAGAAAAUUCUCAACAGAGAGAUAGGUUUUGCUAUUGGAAUGCCGAUAUGCGAGUUUGAUUUGGUAAAGGACCCAGAAGUGCAAGACUUCAGAAGGAACAUUUUAAACGUUUGUAAAGAAGCUGUGGAUCUCAGAGACAGUAACGGACCCCACAGUAGAGCUCUGUACGUCUACCCUCCCAAUGUAGAGUCCUCAGCAGAACUUCCCAGGCACAUCUAUAACAAGCUAGAUAAAGGUCAAAUCAUUGUGGUCAUCUGGGUCAUCGUUUCACCCAGCAAUGACAAACAGAAGUACACCCUGAAGAUCAACCACGAUUAUGUUCCUGAGCAGGUGAUUGCUGAAGCCAUCCGUAAGAAGACGCGGAGCAUGCUGCUGUCCCAGGAGCAGCUGAAGAUGUGUGUGCAAGAGUAUCAGGGAAAGUACAUCCUCAAAGUCUGCGGCUGCGAUGAGUACUUACUGGAGAAAUACCCUCUGAGUCAGUACAAGUACGUGCGCAGCUGUAUUAUGCUGGGAAGGAUGCCCAACUUGAUGCUAAUGGCAAAAGACAGCCUGUACUCACAACUGCCCAUGGACAACUUCGCCAUGCCGUCGUACGCGAGGAGAAUAUCCACGGCGACUCCCUACAUGAACGGGGAAACAGCCACCAAGUCUCUGUGGACUAUCAACGGAACGCUGAGGAUCAAGAUACUGUGCGCCACUUAUGUCAAUGUCAACAUCAGAGACAUUGACAAGAUCUACGUCAGGACCGGGAUAUACCACGGUGGAGAGCAGCUGUGCGACAACGUCAACACCCAACGUGUUCCCUGCUCAAACCCCAGGUGGAACGAGUGGCUGAACUACGACAUGUACAUUCCAGAAAUUCCCCGAGCUGCCCGACUCUGCCUCUCCAUCUGCUCUGUGAAAGGAAGGAAAGGAGCCAAAGAGGAGCAUUGUCCUCUCGCCUGGGGCAACAUCAACCUGUUUGAUUACACCCACACGCUGGUAGCAGGAAAAAUGGCUCUCAACCUGUGGCCUGUUCCACACGGCCUGGAAGACCUGCUCAACCCCAUCGGCGUCACCGGCUCUAACCCCAACAAGGAAACCCCUUGUCUGGAGCUGGAGUUUGACCAUUUCAGCUGCCCCGUCAAGUUCCCUGACAUGACCACGAUUGAGGACCAUGCAAACUGGAUUAUAUCCAGAGAGCUUGGCUUCAAUUAUUGCCACACCGGUUUGAGUAACAGAUUGGCACGAGACAACCCCCUGACUGACAGCGACAACGAGCAGCUACGGCAAGUGGGUAACAGAGACCCGCUGUCUGAGAUCACUGAGCAGGAGAAGGACUUCCUGUGGAGGCACAGACACGACUGCGCCAACAUGCCAGAGAUCCUUCCCAAGAUCCUCCUGGCUGUGAAAUGGAACUCCAGAGAUGAGGUUUCACAGAUGUAUUGCCUUCUGAAGGACUGGCCUGCUAUCAAACCAGAACAAGCCAUGGAGUUGCUGGACUGCAACUUCCCCGACCCCAUGAUCAGAGACUUUGCCGUGAAGUGCCUUGAGAAAUACCUAACGGACGACAAGCUCUCCCAGUACCUUAUUCAACUGGUUCAGGUUUUAAAAUAUGAGCAGUACCUUGAUAACCCGCUCGCACGCUUCCUGCUGAAAAAGGCAUUAACCAAUCAGAGGAUAGGACAUUUCUUCUUCUGGCAUUUAAAGUCAGAGAUGCACAACAAGACGGUGAGCCAGCGGUUCGGCCUGCUGCUGGAGUCCUACUGCCGGGCCUGCGGCAUGUAUCUGAAGCACCUGAGCAGACAGGUGGAGGCCAUGGAGAAGCUCAUCAAUCUCACCGACCUCCUCAAACAGGAGAAGAAAGAUGAGGCACAGAAGGUUCAGAUGAAGUUUCUGGUGGAGCAGAUGAGAAGGCCCGACUACAUGGACGCGCUGCAGAGCUUCACCUCCCCGCUGAACCCGGCACAUCAGCUGGGGAACCUCCGCUUGGAAGAAUGCAGAAUGAUGUCGUCGGCCAAGCGACCUCUGUGGCUUAAUUGGGAAAACCCCGACAUGAUGUCAGAGCUGCUCUUUCAAAACAACGAAAUCAUCUUCAAGAAUGGAGACGAUCUGAGGCAGGACAUGCUGACGCUGCAGAUCAUUAGGAUAAUGGAGAACAUCUGGCAGAACCAGGGCCUUGAUCUCAGGAUGCUCCCGUACGGUUGUCUGUCGAUCGGCGACUGUGUGGGUCUGAUCGAGGUGGUGAGGAACUCUCACACCAUCAUGCAGAUCCAGUGCAAAGGAGGCCUGAAGGGGGCGCUGCAGUUCAACAGCCACACGCUGCAUCAGUGGCUCAAAGAUAAGAACAAGGGAGAGAUGUAUGACCAGGCCAUCGAUCUGUUCACACGCUCAUGUGCAGGCUACUGUGUAGCCACCUUCAUCCUGGGCAUCGGAGACCGGCACAACAGCAACAUCAUGGUCAAAGACGAUGGACAGCUGUUCCAUAUAGACUUUGGACAUUUCCUCGACCACAAAAAGAAGAAGUUUGGCUACAAGAGAGAGCGCGUUCCCUUCGUGCUCACACAGGACUUCCUGAUCGUUAUUAGCAAAGGAACUCAGGAGUGCACCAAAACGAGGGAGUUCGAAAGGUUCCAGGAGAUGUGCUACAAGGCGUACUUGGCAAUCCGGCAGCACGCCAACCUCUUCAUCAACCUCUUCUCCAUGAUGCUGGGCUCGGGGAUGCCCGAGCUGCAGUCGUUCGACGACAUCGCCUACAUCAGGAAGACGCUGGCCCUGGACAAGACGGAGCAGGAGGCCCUGGACUACUUCAUGAAGCAGAUGAACGACGCUCACCACGGCGGCUGGACCACCAAGAUGGACUGGAUCUUCCACACAAUUCGCCAGCACGCCAUGAACUGAGGGAACGAGAGGAGCUACGAAAGAGAAUCGAGCAAGUUAUUCCCCCCUCUCCAAACACACUAUGGCCUGGUUAGUGUUUCUGCCAGCGUGUGACUCUGAAUCAUUAUCUGCCAGCGCACCACAAAAUGAGGAUGCUCAGAAGAGCCUUGUUCAGGGACAUCAAGUGUAAACGCUCCACGGGCGUCUCCCUGCAUUACGAACUUGAGAAGGAAGGCGAGGUGGAGUUCUAUUCCAUCCGUCUUCUGCAUAGGAACCGAACACGUGUAUUGGACCUGGACGACAUCGGCCUUUAUGUGAACCAACUAUUAUUGAGAAAUGUUUAUUUUUCUUCUUAUUCCUUUGAGUACAUCGACAACCAUCAGCAUUUAAAGAGAGGAUCAACAUGAAGUGGUGCACCGUGAGCUGAGUUAUUUCUACUACCUAUUUUGAACUGAUGAAGGUUGGCGGGGCGGGGGCAGGGCGGCGCACACAGCCAGGCUGCCGGUCACAGAGUCAUUAUUUUUUAAAGUUUUUUUUUCCCCAAACAGGCAACAGCACUCUAAUUACGGGGCUGACGGGAUGUGUUGUUGGAAAAUCCUUAACGAGCAUUUAACUGACAGAAUUCGUAGCCGACCGACGACGACGCAGUUCAGGAGUCGCGUCACUGACUUUUGUACAGCAGUAUAUCCAUAUACUUGUAUGCAUUCGGUGCACAUAUUCCUUUUUUUGAGUCUAUUUUCUACUGAGCCAAAGUACUAGAUUAGUAACCCCACUACUCAGCAGUCUUAUUGUAAAAAAAAAAAAACAACAAUCCAAACAACAGAUAGUCACUAUAUUCCGAGUCUCGUGUGUACUCCUCAUAGCACUGAUCUCCGCAGUAUUUGUUUCGUCUAUCAGUAUUAUUCUGUGUCAGAUGUUGAGGCACAAACCUUCGUCAUCCACCCGACGCAGACGGAUUCGAUGGCCAGCUGUGUGACAUGUUGUGAACCCUUGUUUUUUUUAAAAAUUGUUAUUCAGCAGGCAAGAGGGGGAGAAAAACAAAAAAAAAAAGCGAGGAUUUGUGUUCGUUUCGUGUGCUGUGCUGUUACACUAUGCAAGUUGUGAUCCUAACGUGUACUGUAUGCUGCAAACAAACAAACAAACAAACAAGCUGAUGUCAGAGGAAGAACAGCAUCUCCCACCGACACGAGUGUGUCGGCGGACUUUGUACAGACAGUACAUGGAAGAAAAAAAGAAAAAAAACGCUGCCGUGUAACAGUAUCGUCGACUUCUUCCCAGCGAAAAAAAAAAAAAAACAGGAACUGUGAGAACCACCUUUUGGACCCUGCCUUCUCCUCACCGUGGAGCUUCGAUCCAAGCCAUCCGUCUGAGAUGUUCUCGCUCGUCUACUUGUUCUCAAUCACAGACUCUCUCCUCAAGUUAUUUUUUUUUUGCCAGAUUUGUGACAUCCAGGUAAAAGAAAACCGAAGUGAUAUUUUUUAAAAAACCUUCCAAGUGUCUUCUUCUUCCCUCCUCUUUCCUGUGAUUAUCGGCCCUCGAGCAGCCGGUUCUGAUGACCCGGACCGGCGCCGCACGAGAGGCCCUUAAGUGUUCUAGCUUUACUAAACGAUGCGGGGCGGUUUCCUGGACACUUGUCUGAGAGUCCAGUUUGUCGUUUUCCCCCGUACAUGGGCGAGGACUUAAACCUGCUCAGGAAACCGAUCCUACCGACACGCAUGAGCUUUUCUGUGCAGGAUACAGAGCAGUGGGCCGGACCCGAACUGACAAAAACCCGUGUACUUUAUAAAGAAACCAACAAACUAUCGAAAUGAUUUCCCUUUGUACUCGUUCUGGUUGUUUCUGUUUCUCACACUGCAUUAUGCAUGAGGUCCUCGAUUAUCUACUUUUGUUUUUGUUUUGUUUGACCUGAUGUUGUUUACUUGAAUUUCAUGUAUAGAAAUGACCUUGUUACUUGUUUGAGGUACAACAAAGUCACAAUGAAGGUAACAGAUACUGAUCCUGCUACUACAUGUGCAAACGCUUUCCUUGAAUAACUACAGAGGUAAUAUAUUUUUGUAUUUUUAAAUGUAAACAAACUCAUAUAUGUAACUGCUAACCAAAAGAAAAAAGAAAAAAAAGAGAUCGAGAGAGAGAGAAAGGAGGAAUCAUAACAUGCACCAUCCUCAUACAAAGUCCGCCUCUAGUUGUUGAAAGGAUAUAAAACGACGAAGCAGAGUUGAAUGAAGGACAAAGACUUGUUGUCAGAGUACCAUCUUCACCUCGAGUGGAGGCUUCUUGCCCUAAAGUGGAAGUCUGUAAGCACAAUAAGGAAGAAGAAGAAACUAUCCCUGCAUGUUUAAAAAAAAGAAGAAGAAAAGAAACAGUCUCAUGUUAGUUAUCUAUUCAUCUGUAUAUAUAUCAUUUUAAAAAAGCAAAAAAAAAAUCUGUUUUAAUCAUCCUCAUAUGACCAUGUCUGAUAAAAAAAAGAAAAAAAACUGUAUGCAUUCAUUUAUUGUGCUGUUGAAUAAAAUCAUUUCUCCCUAUCUAA